GAAAGUUAAUUUGCGUGUAUGGGUUGUGUUGAGCCUGUCAUUUUCCAAUUCCAGAUAGAGAAUUUGCAGAUCCAUUACCCAAACAUCAUCGAUCGAUCGAGAGAGAUUUGCAAAUAUAAAUUGGGUGUUUGAAUGUCUCAAUUUGCAGAUCCAAAGGCCAAACAUUGAAGUGAGUUUGAGAGAUUUGAGUUUGGUAUCAUACAAGAUUUAUCUUCCACAAUAUUGUGUUUCUGAUCGAUCGAGCAGAAAAGACACGGGAGAUUAUAGCUGAAAUGGAGUCUGAUGCUUCAGCCACGUCCGUUCCUGUUCCAGGAGGCGAAUACGAAGUGUUUUUGAGUUUUAGAGGGCCAGACACUCGCUGCACAUUCACAGAUUUUCUAUAUACCUGUCUCAUUGACGCAGGUGUUCGCACCUUUCGGGAUGACAAUGAGCUUCGCAAAGGAGAAGAGAUCGGCCCUGAGCUCCUCGAAGCAAUCAGGGAGUCCAGUAUCUCCAUCCCGAUCUUCUCCAAGAAUUAUGCUUCCAGUAAAUGGUGCCUCCGCGAGCUGGCUCAGAUGGUGGAUUGCAAGAGAAGCACUGGACAAUCGAUUCUGCCAAUCUUCUAUGAUGUUGAACCAUCGGAUGUGAGGCAUCAAUCUGGGAGUUACGAGGAAGCCUUUCGCGAGCACGAGAGGUGUUUUGAUGAAUGCACUGUUAUGAAAUGGAAGGAGGCACUCAAACAGGUUGGAGAACUCAAGGGUUGGCAAGUCAACAAAGAAGCUGAUGGGCAUCAAGGGGAAUUAGUAAAAACGAUUGUUCAAAAAGUGUCGUUGAACCUGAAGAAAAAAUGCAUGUUUACAAGUGACAACUUAGUUAUGAUGGAUGAUCAUCUGAAUGAAAUGAUGAGAUUAUUAAAUGUUGGUUCAAAUGAUGUAAGGAUUGUUGGUAUCCAUGGCAUGGGUGGUAUUGGCAAGACAACUAUUGCCAAGUCCAUCUACAACAAGCUCCUCCAAGACUUUAAAAAUUGUUGUAGCUUCCUUGCGGAUGUUCGGGAAAAGGUCAAACAAUACAAAGAUACAGGUAUUGUUGAUUUGCAGAACCAGCUUCUCAACGACACUCUUAAGCACCCUCCCAUUACUAAUGUUAACGAUGGAAUCAACGCUAUCCAACAUCGAUUUCUCAAGAAGAAAGUUUUCAUUGUUCUUGACGAUGUGGAUGAAAAGUCUCAAUUUGAUUGGCUUGUGGGAAAUCGUGAUAGGUUUGGUGGAGGAACUAGGAUCAUAGUUACAACUAGAAACAAGCACGUUUUAAAUGUUCUUGAAGCGGAUGAGACUUACGAACCUCCAUUUAUGAACCCAGACCAAUCUCUUCAACUUCUCAGCAUUCAUGCUUUUCGGAAAAAGUUUCCUCCAAUAAACUUUGUUAGUAUCUCUGAAGAGGUGGCAUCAAUUACUGCAGGGCUUCCUCUAGCUCUUGAGGUUAUAGGUUCAUUUCUAUCUGACAAGCCAAAAACAGUAUGGGAAGAUACAUCGAAGCAGUUGAAGAAAAUACAAAAUGAUAAAGUUCAUAAAAUAUUGAGAGUAAGUUAUGAUGUUUUAACCCACAGGCAAAAACAGAUAUUUCUUGAUAUUGCAUGUCUUUUUGUUGGGAUGGAUAAAACAUAUCCAUUUUAUAUGUGGGAUGACUGCGGUUAUUUUCCGGAGAAAGAAAUUAAUGUCCUUUGUCUCAUGUCUCUAGUAAAACUUGGAAAUGAUAAUGUAUUGAUAAUGCAUGAUCAACUAAGAGAUCUUGGUAGGGAAAUCGUCUGUCAAGAAGAUUUUGAGAAUCCAGGACUGCGUAGCAGGUUGUGGGAUCGACAAGAAGCCUCUGCUAUAUUUGAGGAAUGCAUGGUAAAAAUUUACAGCACUAAUUUUUUUGCAUUGAUUAAUGUUUUCUUAAGUCUCUUUCAUGUCAUCUCAUAAUACACAUGCUCUAAAUAACAUUCUUGGUAGCAUCCACAUAGGUUCCAAUUAUGGAGCUAAGUUGUUGACCAACCUGAAUUUGCCAGCAUCAUCUAUGAUGGGCUUGGACAACUGUCAGAUUGGAUUUAAAUUGACAAUGGAACUAAAUUUAAGUUAUUUAGAGUUGUGACGUGAGUAUUUAUCUAAUAAAAAAAAAAAAAAAAAUCAAAAGUUUUAACUCAUCUCAUCCGACUGAACUUCUUUUUUGGGGGUUAAGAAAAGAAUUUUAGAUGUUCUUGUUACUAGCUAGUACACCUGGUUACAACGGAAAGUAGGCAUGUUGUACAUUUAGAUUGGUGUAGCAUUUGUAAUUAAGUUGGAGGCUACAAUGUUAUGCACGAUCUUUCAAUUACUUCAAGUUAUUUAGAGUUGUUAUAAAUGAAAAAAGAAUAAAAAUAAAAAAAUGAAGAUGAAUUUGAAGAAGAAGAAAAAGAAAAAAAGGAGUUCUGAAUAUUUGAAUCAACCAGCCUAAAUCUAACCCAAUCUUAACUAAAAAAAAUGACCCUUUUUUCUUCUUUUUUUUUCAAGAUUAAAAUAACUAAACUUUAGUUGCUUCAUUUUUAAUUUUUAAUUUUUUUUUUUUAUAUAUAAAAGCAAAAUUAUCUGUAAACACAAAUAACUAUUGUUUUUGAGAAGUCAUUAAAAAUCGGUAUUUUUUUUUUUUUUUUAAAUAAGAAUAAUAAUUGAUAUCUAAUAUUAAUAAUUCCCUUUUUAGCACGGGGCAAAUCGUUUCUUUUAUUUGUUUACUUAUUUUUAUGGUUUUUUUCAUUGACAGGUAACUGAAAAGGUCCAACUCCUAAAUAUUGAUGUUUUUCUAAAGACAUGUGAGCAUGACAAAUUCGCAAAACGAUCUCAAUUGCGGUAUCUCCAAAUAGAUUAUGCUACACUUCUUGUUGGGGAUUUCAAGCAUCGCUUGUUAAACUUAAGAUGGCUUCGUUGGCAAUAUUCCCCUCUGCAUUUUGAAGCAACCAAUUUUCAUAUGAAGAAACUAGUCAUACUUGAUCUAAGCCGUAGUAGGAUCCCAGAGAACUGGAAGGGUUGGAGUCAAAUUAAGAUGGCAAGUAACUUAAAAGUGCUUGACAUUUCAUACACUGAAAUACGAGAGCUACCUGAUGAAAUUAGGAUGUUAAAGAAGCUGAAAAUUAUAGAUGCACGUCGUUCUCAUUUGAGAGGAAUUCGAAGCCUACCAACAAGCAUUCAUACCCUUGACUUAGGAGAAUGCAUUUAUCUCGAAGCACUGCCAGAGCUUCCCUCAAGUUUACAAGUUCUGCGUGUAGAUUUGUGGAGUUUUCAUGGUACCCCUAAUCUUGCAAAUCUAGUUAAUCUGCAAGUCCUGCGGUGUUUUCUGAAUCCUGACAACAUGAAUCAGAUAAUUUUAAGGGAUAUUGUUAAAUUAUCCAAAUUGCAGAGGUUGGAGUUUGGAAGUAGCAACAUUAUGAUCCAGGUUGAUGCCCUUUCUCAGCAAGACCUACCAAAAAAGAUUGAUGCCCUUUCUCAGCUCAAAUUCCUCAAUCUGGUUAGAUUAUAUAUUGCUGGUGGUCUGUCAUUGGAAAUACUACCAGAUCUGUCAAAUCUGAAGCUCUUGUCGGAAUUGCGGCUUUCUGGGUGCAAUAAGCUGACAAAGAUUCAAGGGCUUGGGAAACUACAAUCAUUGACGAGUUUGAGUAUAGAAAAAUGCAUUAAACUGACAGAGAUUGAAGGACUUGGAAAUCUAGAAUUGCUAGAAAGUUUGACAAUAUGUGAGUGCAAUAAGCUGAUAGGGAUUCAAGGACUUGGAAAUCUAGUAUCACUGGCAAGUUUUUGUAUGCGUCAGUGCUUUAAAAUAGUUGAACUUUAUCUGCUCGAAUAUUCGGCACCUCUAGCAUCCUCAGAGAUGAGUGGGUACAAACACCCUGAAAAUAAACCAGAUCGGUCCAGCUUAAGCAAGUUAAAAAGAUUUGAAGUUGUUGAUUGCCGGAAUCUCAAUAAGAUCGAAGGACUACAUAUAUUGGUAUCAUUGAAAUACUUGAAUUUGUCGUUUUGCUCAUCCAUGGUAAGAAUGCCGAAUCUAUCGAACUUGAAAAUGUUGAGACACUUGCUGCUCUGUGGAUGCAUGAGCUUGCGUGAGAUUGAGGGCCUUGAGGCUUUGGAAGCCUCCUUGAAGGAACUGGACAUCAGGGGGUGCUCAUCGCUGGAAAAAGUACCGCAUCUGCCAAACACGCAUAUUCAGAAUAAACAGUUUGAUUGUGGCUUACCUGGUGACAAACUGGACAUCAGAUUGCGGCUUCCCUUUCGUUUCCUUGAUUUGCUCAAGAUCUUUUUUUUAUUAUUUAUCUAUUUAUUUUUAUAUGAAAUAGUCAGAUCUGCUAAGUUUGUGAAUUUUUAUUAUUUAUCCUGAAAUAGUCAGAUCUGCUAAGUUUGUGAAGAGUAUAUAUUCAAUCCACUACAUCGUAUCACAACAUCUAA